UCUGUUCUGGUUCUGGUUCUGUUCUGGUCUGUUCUGGUUCUGUUCUGGUCUGGUUCUGGUCUGUUCUGGUUCUGGGUCUGGUCUGUUCUAGAUCUUCAACUGGAUCUUCCUCUUGGACCCCUCAUGGAUCCUGGUCUGUCCCCUGGUCUGGACCCUGCGGUCUCUGUGGUGUCCCUGGUGUCCCUGUUAGCUUGUCUGGUCCAGGUCGCUGCAGCCGUCCUUCUGACCCAUUGGUUUGGGGGGCGGAGCUCCACAGAGGACAGGUGGACUCUACUGUGGCUGUUCUAUGAUGUCAUCGUCCAUGUGACCCUGGAGGGUCCUUUUGUUUACAUGUCUGUGUGUGGGUCGGUCCAGUCUUCUUCUGGUCCUCUGGCUGAACUCUGGCAGGAGUACGGUAAAGCAGACCACCGUUGGCUGGUUUCAGAUCCAACCAUCGUUUCUGUGGAGAUUCUGACCGUGGUCCUGGACUCACUACUGGGAAUACUACUGAUCCAUGCAGUACUACACACCAAGUACUACAGACACUUCCUGCAGAUCAGUCUGAGCGUGUGCGAACUCUACGGCGGCUGGAUGACCUUCUGUCCUGAUUGGCUGAUGGGCAGUCCCAACCUCCACACCUCCAACUGGCUCCACCUCUGGGUCUACCUGGGCUUCUUUAACCUCAUCUGGGUUCUGGUCCCGGGUCUGCUGCUGGUCCGGUCCUGGGUGGCCCUGAAGGAACUGAGCAUGCUCCAAACGGACGGUAACCAGGGAAACAGGAAGAAACUGUAGAGAGCAACUGAGCAUGCUCCAAACGGACGGUAACCAGGGAAACAGGAAGAAACUGCCGACUGCAGUGGAAGCUCCUCUUCUC